AUGACGGCACCAUCAUCAGAUGCUCUCCCGUCCGCCGCGCCAACGCUCCCCGAUCGCCCAUCAACACUCAACUCGGUGGUCAACCAGAACGCCUCCAACUUCACAAACCAGAAUCGCUUCGGCAUGAACUCAAGUCCCUAUUCCUCUCCGUACUCAUCCUACAGCUCGCCGUACUCUCGCUUCGGCGGUGGCAUGGGCGGUGGCAUGUACGGCGGAGGUAUGUACGGUGGCGGCGGCUACGGCUAUGGAGGUGGCAUGUACGGCAACAACAUGUAUGGAGGAGGGUACGGCGGGUUCAACCCAGGGAUGGAUCCGAACAACCCAAACAACCAGUCGCUGACGCAGACGUGGAACCAAAGCACAGCGGCGACAUUUCAGAUUAUGGAGAGCAUAGUGGGUGCGUUCGGUGGUUUUGCGCAAAUGUUGGAGAGCGCGUACAUGACGACGCAUUCGAGCUUUUUUGCGAUGGUCUCCAUGGCCGAACAACUCGGCAAUUUGCGCCAAACGCUCGGCUCCGUGCUCGGCAUUUUCACACUGUUGCGCUGGAUGCGCACAUUGAUCGCCAAAAUCACAGGCCGUCCACCCCCAGCAGAUGCCACAGCCUUGACCCCGGCCGCCUUCUCCUCCUUCAUGUCAGGAAACGGCAACUCCGUGCCAGCAACGUUACCAGAUGGCUCCCCAGCCCCGGCUCGCCCUUCCAAAAAACCAUUCAUCAUGUUUGCAAUUGCCGUCUUUGGUCUACCCUACCUAAUGGGCAAACUCAUUCGCGCGAUGGCUAGAUCCCAGGAAGAAGAACUCAAGCGGCAACAACAAGCCGGUGCCCUCACAUACACGACGAACCAAAACGGCGAGCAAGUCCCCAUCGACCCGCGAAAACUGGAUUUCUGCCGCGUGCUCUAUGACUAUACCCCCACCCCUCAGUCCGGCGGGAUGGAUCUCGAGGUCAAGAAAGGCGACUUUGUCGCCGUACUGAGCAAGACCGAUCCCGUGGGCAAUGCCUCGGAAUGGUGGCGGUGUCGUGCCCGCGACGGCAAAAUGGGCUACCUGCCUUCGCCGUAUCUCGAACCCAUUCAGCGGCCCGCGCCGAAGACACAAGCCCAGAUCACCCAGGGAGGGCAAACUGCAUCGGCGCCCGGGAGCCGUACGCAGACGAUGAAAGCAGAGGGCCCGGCCCAGAAAUUAUUGCUUGAGCAAGCAGAUAGGACGAAGAGUCUAAGCUCGAUCUACGCGGGGACGAGCGGGAUGAACAAAGUUCCCAUGCCGGCCAAGGCGCCCGAGUUGAAAGGCAAGCCCGGGGACAUUAGCGUCGAGAGUUUUCAGAAAAGUGCAUUUUAUUCAUGA